AUGGGUCGAAGGAAAACUCCUGUUGCUACUUCUACUCGAAUGAGCGGCUCUACUCUUCAUGUCUUGAAGCCAGCCAUUCACUCAAAGCCAAUCACUCAUUCAAAAUCAAUCACUCAUUCAAAACCAUCAAAACUUUCUACAAAACACUCUCGCAAAACUUGCUUCAUUUCAAAGCUUGCUGAACAGAAAAAAUCAUGGAAAACCAAACCGAGCCCAAAAAAAGCAUUGGCUGAUUGGGAUGGAUUAAAGGCGGCUCUUACUGGAGAUAUUGAUGCUAGCGUGGAAUUAACUACCAAUUCAUCAGCAUUGAAAACAGUUGCCAACAGCACAACACAAGUAUCCCAAAAACCAGUAUCUCAAGGUGCUCGCCAGAAACAAAAGUAA